UCCGAUCAGUCGAGGGUUCGGUGCGGAGGAAUGCGGUUGCGUCGGCAUUUUGUCCGCACGUCGUUCAUCCCGUUUAACAAUCGUCAUUCGACGAUUAAGCAAUAAUAUAGUUCCCAGAGAGAUAAGCGAGGUGCGCACGGCGUCGAGUCGAGAGUCGGAUCUCCGUUGCGGCCGAGUGCGAAAACGGUGCGCCCUCCUAAAUAUGGAUUUUGCUGUUUUUUGUGCACAAAAGGCGGAUAGAAAGUGAGUGAAUAUUGUGCCAAGAUGGCCGACUCGAGCUAUUAUCAGGGUGACUACAUCAGCCAUCCAGUCCUCUUCGAGUUGUCCCACAAAUACGGAGUCGGCGGCAGUGACCAAAUGCCGCUUCCAGCUCGGCUCGAUGAACUCCGGGAACACAUUCGUAGAGAGAUACGAAAAGAACUGAAAAUCAAAGCCGGUGCGGAAAAUUUGCGAUUAGUGGCUACGGAUCGAAAGGCUUUAGCAGACGUUGCGACGAUCGUCAAAAAGGCGAAUAACAAGCUGAGCGAACUUCAAGUCGAACUUCAAGAGCUUGAAAGCCAAAUUAUCCUCACCCAAGGACAGCCUUCGUCGCCCCAAUUAAAUCACUGCAAUGGCCAAGACACACCCUUGUCGCCGAUGGAUUCAUCGUCGCCGAGUCAGGAGGGCCUUUUUACCGAUCUACGUCUCGUGUCGCUGGAAAAACAAUUGAACAUCGAGCUAAAGGUCAAACAAGGGGCUGAAAAUAUGAUACAAAGCUUGACGAGCGGUCAUCGGGACAAAAAGUUAUUGCAGGAGGCGCAGCAAAUGCUGGCCGAUUCCAGAGCGAAAAUCGAAUUUUUGAGAAUGCGCAUUGUGAAGCUCAGACGGGUCCGGAAACAGCAGAGAACGAGAGGCUACUCGCCGGCACCAAACGGCGAAAAUACUGCCAGCAAAGAUAAGUACGAGCCAAACCUUGAACUGGCGCUGGAAGAGAGAGUCGAGGAACUGCGACAUCGACUCUUGAUCGAAGCUGCUGUCGUCGAGGGGGCUAAAAACGUCAUUCGCCUUUUGCAGAGCGCUAAAGUUGCCGACAAAAAGGCUCUGACCGAGGCACAAGCGAGUCUCGCAGAGUCCAGCAGGAAAUUAGACCUCCUCAGACUGUCGCUGGAACUCAGAAGACAAGAAUUGCCCCCUGACAGUGCUACCGCUACACAAUUAAAACGAGAACUUGCGAGUGUACAGGCUGCCAGUCCCGUUCCUGUCACCUACACUUCUCUGCAACCUUUUCGUGGACCUCUCGAAGGUAGAGCUGCUGUACCUGCUUCCGUAUCAAGAUGCGCUGCAGUCACUGGACAAUUGGAGGUACGAUUAAUGGGGUGUCAAGAUUUAGCCGAGGAAGUGCCGGGUAGAACCAGAAGAGAACAACCAGCAAGCCCGGAUUUGCGCAGCUUUGUCAAAGGGGUGACAGGGCGCAGCUCGAGCAAAUCUUACAGUGUGAAGGAUGAAACUAGCAAUGACAUAAUGGCAGUUAUUAAAUUGGAUAAUCAAACAGUAGCACAAACUAACUGGCGCCCAUGCUCCCAGCAGGCUUGGGAUCAGAGGUUCUCCAUUGAACUAGACAAGUCGCGAGAACUGGAAAUAGGAAUUUACUGGAAAGAUUGGAGAUCGCUGUGUGCAGUGAAGUUCUUGCGUCUAGAAGAAUUCAUAGAUGACGUGCGGCAUGGUAUGGCAUUGCAGCUCGAACCUCAAGGGCUACUUUUUGCAGAAAUAAAAUUCCUAAAUCCAAUGAUCUCAAGAAAGCCAAAGCUGCAACGUCAGCGAAAAAUUUUCAAACAGCAAGUCAAGAACUUCCCUCGUCCGAAUCAAAUGAACAUCAAUGUCGCUACUUGGGGCAGACUAUUGAAGCGUUCUACACCUUCGAUACACAACAGCAGAAGAUCAGAAAGUCCACCAUCUGGACCGCAACCGCUGCGUUUGUCCUUCGAAAAUUGGCCUGAAGAUAAACCAGAGACUCCUGGAGAACAGCCCGAUCCUGACAAAGGAGGUUUAGGAGGUGCGCGACCGUUGGGAAUGGGAGUAGCAACUGGUAGUCCAGUUUUACCUCAUCCUCCGGAUCAUCCGCCGCCACCACCUCCCUCAAUUACCAAGAAACCAUCGAUGCCAGCUCCUCCGCCACCACCGAAACUAGACCAAGAGUUGCAGAGUGCGUUAAGAGAGUUUGAUUUCCUGCACAACGAGGAGAAGGGGGGGCCUCAGGGGGCGAGUUUGAGGCCCGUUGUGACAGAGCCCCACCCCGUGCUGAUCGCACCAUCCUCUCCACGCACCCCCUCGCCCCAACCUGUCGUCGAGUUCCCUGAAGAUGAGAUUGUGUACGAGCUGCCCGGUAGGCCAAUGCCGUUUAAAGACGUUGCCUACGAGUCAAAGCGACACUCUCAAGUGACUGGAAUGACCUUAGAAAAUUUCAGAUUACUGUCUGUUCUUGGUCGUGGUCAUUUUGGCAAAGUUAUUUUAUCACAGUACAGAAAUACUGGGGAAUACUUUGCUAUUAAAGCAUUGAAGAAAGGAGACAUCAUUGCGAGGGACGAGGUUGAGUCUUUACUUUCUGAGAAACGGAUAUUUGAGGUUGCAAAUACAACACGCCACCCGUUCCUUGUCAAUCUUUUUGCUUGCUUCCAAACUGAGGCACACGUGUGUUUCGUUAUGGAAUACGCAGCCGGUGGUGACCUGAUGAUGCACAUUCACGCAGACGUAUUUGGCGAGCCACGUGCUGUGUUUUAUGCAGCCUGUGUUGUUCUCGGAUUGCAAUACUUGCAUGAGAGUCGUAUUAUAUACAGAGACUUGAAACUGGAUAAUUUAUUGCUGGACACUGAAGGUUACGUAAAAAUAGCAGACUUUGGACUGUGCAAAGAAGGAAUGGGAUUUGGGGAUAGAACAGGCACCUUCUGUGGAACCCCAGAAUUCUUGGCACCCGAAGUUCUUACCGAGACUUCAUACACUCGAGCGGUAGACUGGUGGGGUCUGGGUGUCCUAAUCUUUGAGAUGCUGGUCGGUGAGUCUCCAUUCCCUGGAGAUGACGAAGAGGAAGUAUUUGAUUCGAUUGUGAACGACGAAGUUCGCUAUCCACGAUUUUUAUCUCUAGAGGCUAUUGCAAUAAUGAGAAGGCUACUUAGAAAGAAUCCAGAUAGACGAUUGGGUAGUAGCGAAAGGGAUGCAGAGGAUGUUAAGAAACAAGCGUUUUUCAGAAAUAUUUCCUGGGAUGAUUUGUUGCUGAGACGUGUUAAACCACCGUUUGUACCAGUGAUUAAUUUCGUAGAAGACGUUAGUAAUUUUGACGAAGAAUUCACAUCAGAAAAACCACAGUUAACACCACCCAAGGAUCCUCGACCGCUCAAUGAUCAAGAACAAAACUUCUUCAGAGAUUUCACAUACAUGGCCGAUUGGUGCUAGCUACAAUCGUUACAGAGGCAGACUAUGUAGUUUUUUAGUGUUCAUUCGCAUAAGAGCUAUAAGUUUCAUUCACAAAAUUUAUUUUGCAGUGAUAUAAUUUGCUUCCAACACGUAGCUAAUUCCAAUGUAAUAUUCUCCACGUCAGCAUGUUUUCUUUUCUAUGUGUACGACAUAAUUAUUAAUUAUUCACUCGAUCAUGAAUCAAGAAUUAAUUAUAUAUUAUUUUCUCAACUACAGUUGCACAUUUGCGAUAACUAGUUAUGUAAAAACUACGUCCUCUAAUUGUAUUAUUAUGAGAUAUUGCCUUUGAAUUAUAAAAAGAUUAAAUUUCUAACAUCAAAAGUGUAUAAUUCAAUUUUCUGAAAGUAUGUGUAUAUACUCAGUAUUGGCCAAAAGAAAACUUGCUUUUUGAAACGGAAGUUAUAAUAAUCAUGCUAUUUGCUCACAGUCUGUUAGAUAACUAAUCGAUGCACAAUUCAAUUUUACUCUCAAGAUCACAGCACUAAAGUAGAGAUUGAUCCUCUAAAGUACACUGGUUAUUUUUUUUCCCAUUGGUUUCAAAUGGAGGUUAACUUUCGGACAGUACGGGAAAAGAGCAGACAUACUCCAUAUCAUGUGUUUAUGUAGAAAAUGCUAACAUCGUUCCAAAGUGCAUUGAUGUAAUACAUUCACUUUUGUCGAUAUUUACAGGCUUGUAAAGCGUUUUAGUAUGAUAAAAUAUACGAAUUGAGAAUACAAUUAGUUUUUACAAACACAAGUCUUUCUCAUUUCAAAGGCAAUUUUUUUAUUAUACUAUUAUACUAUAAAUCUUUGGACCAGGUUACGUGGUAUCAGUUUUACUUUUCACAAUUGACAAUCAAUGUAACGAUCAAGGUUACAGAUUAUUUUGAUGAAGUUUUAAAAGUUUGCUCAUAAAAAAAAAAAAAAAAAAUUCAUUACGCAAGAACCGCGUUAAGUAACUAGAAUUUAUUUUGGUAAAUUCGUACCAACCAAUCUGAUAUUCUCUAAUAAUUUUGAAUAUGCUUUCGGAAUUGCUUUUCUAUUUUGGGUGAAAAACUCACUUCUCUUAAACUACUGUCCGUGAGAUAUUGGUUAAUAAAAAUAAAAUAUGAUCGAUAAAAAUAAUGCAAAUAUUUGUGAUAGUUUCGAGAAAAACUCGAUACAUAGUUGCCUUAUUGCAUUAAAAAAUUAAUACAAUGGUAAAUAAAAAAUAAAAAUUAUUGGGUAACUAUUUUAUAAAGCAUUUUUAUAAUAUAUUAUAAUCAACACUGAUCAAUAUCAGAAGGUGCUCACGUUAUAUUUUAUCAUAGAAACGUCUGAUGGACCCAUUAUGGAGUUUUAAUCCAGUUUUGUACCUUCGGUGAUUAGGCAACUGUGGUAUGAUUAAUUAGCGGCCUAAUUUAAAUACCUAUUUAGAAAUCAUCUCACAGGAUACAUUCUAUACUUUAUAAGAAAAUGAAGGUAAACGAUCAGAUAUAGAUUUCGAUCGUAUUGGUCAAAAGUAAAAUAAUUUUAAUAUAGAUAAAA